AUGAACAUGUUAAUUGGCCCUGUCAAAGCAACGGUCGAGAAAGUAUGUGGUGACGACGAAGGAGCAGAGAAAACAAUGGAAGAAUUCACACAAACGAAUCCACUCGUUGUGCCAUUUCAUCUGGCUUGGGACGUCUUCAAUGACGAUGAAGAUGACUUGGAUGAAACAGUCAAAGUAUUCACUGAUAACCUUGAGAAUAUGGCCAACUCUACACCCAUCAUUGGUCAUGCAAUAGCACUGGGACACGCAGCUGCGGGAAAUGAAGAGAAAGCAAAAGAAGUGUAUUUGCAAGCGACAAGAACGACAGCUGUGGCCGCUGCAGGACUCGUUGGAUCUCUUGCUGGCCCGGGUGGUUCAAUCGCAUUAGCCGCCGAAGUUGGAACUGGCUGGGACAUGUGCGAGGCACUUGCAGGCGGUCGAAUACAUGGUAUUCCAAAAGCAAUUGAAGCAUUCCGUGAUAAUAUCCAUUUACGUCCCGGCGAAGUAUUCGACAUUGUUAUGACCCCAGUUGGCGAUGGAACGACCGGAUUGCUUGCUAAACAAUUAUGUGACAAGAUAAUGGAAGCACGAGCGAAAAAUCAAGCAAGACAUCAAGUGCAGGAGGCAAGUGAAGCCAAUGAUGUUAAAUUGGAGCCAUUGAAGAAGAAACUCGAUGAGCAAGGCGUAGAUCAUCCUCGCAAAUUGGCGGAAGAUAUGUCGAAAAAGGCUGACAUUUUGAAGAAGACAGUUGACGACAAUGAGCCGGCAUUACGUGAAAAUCAAACGGGCAGGAAUGUGAAUGACUACCAUAAGAGUGGUCACGUUUCCUGUACAAUGGUCGACGAGUCUGGAAAUGAGGGGACUGGUUAUAGCUCUAGAAUAACGGCAGCAACCGGAGAAGAGCGUUUCAAGGGCCCCGUGUCGAAACUAGAACAGGAUCAACCAAACGUCGAAUCAGUUUUGUCCCGGCGUCCUCUCGGUAAUUGUGCUGAGCCUAUGGCAUACGAAAAUUGUCCAAAUCCCCCAAGUAUUACAUAUGCAAUGCAGAUUAAAGAUGGCAUUGUCAAAGCGAUUGCUCGAUGUAAAAAUUGUGCACAGUAUGCCCUUGGGGAUGUCGUUACUGACCUUAUAGAUGGAGAAAUGAUUCCAUGUGACGUUGCUGAACUACCGCCUUCUGGAUCAUAUAUUGGCGCUGGUGUUAGCGGAACUGUUCUUGUUACAUUACAACCGAGAAAAAAGAAGCCGCGAUCAAACUGA